UUUUCAAAUUCGAAUACCUUUCGUUCGGACUGUUUUGUUUUCGAACAUCUUUCAUUCGAAUCAAACCAAACGUCAAACCCACUUUGUUUAUGAAGGAGUGAAUAAUUUCCGCAGCGGAUGAGCGGUGAACUGCAAAAAUGGAAAAAAACAAAAACAAAACAACCACUAAAAAUCAGUUCGAGCGGAUUGUGCUGCUUCUGGAGCAAGAGCCGGACAUAGCAAAGGGUUUCUCCCGAGGAAAUUCCGGACCCUUCUGGGAUGAUCUGGCGGCAGAAGUCAAUAGUUUGGGACCGCCUAUUCGCGAUGGAAGUGGAUGGAAAAAGGUUUGGGCGGACUAUAAGUCCGGAUUAAAGCGAAAACUCGCUCACAACAAACGGGAGCAGAGGGCGACAGGUGGAGGACCCAAUAAAAUUAUCAAUUUGUCCGAGCUGGAGGAGCAGGCAGUUCUACUAACUGGGUUACUUGCGACCGUGGAAGGAAUCCCGGGUACCUCAUCUCAUGGAACACAGUUGGGUUCGCCUUCGGGUGAACCUCAAGCUGCAGACCAGGAAAAUUUUAUAUAUUAUGGUACUUCCGACGAGUGUGACGGUAUCAAUAAUACCAUUCACUUCCAGCCCUCUCAGCCGAAAAAAUCCAGACCUUCUACCACGAGGCUAUUAGAGCUGCAAGUCGAGCAACAAAACAAAUUUCACACCAAUGUGAAAUCCCUGUUAAAAAACACAAACAAGAAUUUGAGUGAUCUGGUUCAUUAUCAGCGCCAAUCAGCUCGAGCGAUUCUUUCCGUGGAUGCCACACUCAAAGAACAUCUGAGUGAACAAAAACGACAUAACCACGAGAUGGAGAAGAUCGCGCUGGAGAAAUCAAUAGCGACAAAUCCUUGAAACGCAGAUUGCGUAUAUUUCAGAACAUUAGAAUAAUGUUUCAAAAUAUCAGUGAUCUGAUUUUUUAUCUUUAUAUUGUAACUCAAGUAUAAAAAAAUGAAAAAAGUUCUAAUCGUAUUUUUAUAUCUUUCCAUGGAAGAAAAAUCUUACUUAAUUUUUUCUUUGAAGUUUGUUUGGAAUAGCAUCAAAAUUAUAUAAACUUUUUUAAAAUUCACGAAUUUCGCCUAUAGUUUAUGGAACUUCCUUAACCCCUUCACGUACAACAUUGAACUUCACUCGUUGUUUCUCGAUGUGAAAUAAUUACAUAGCUUCAGGCAUAUGAUGAGGAUACCGACAACUGAAGAUUAUCAAAUUUCCGUUAUUUAAAAAAAAAAUUGAAUGAGCUAAAAAUAUAAAAUAUAAUUUGAAUAUUAUAAUUAAAAUAAAAACGAACGAGUUAGUACGUAGUAAUAACUCCUUCGUUUUUAUUUUAAACACAACAUGUAUUUGCUCAUCAUAGGGCACCCAUGUUAGAUACCCACACUCAGCAGAGUAGCGGAACGACUCGAAGUGCUCGUUUUGGGCCGUGCUGUUGGAAAUUAAAUCGUACAGCAAGGGGUUAAAACAACGCAAAAAGUAUUAACAAUGGUUAUUUGAAUACUUGGCCUGCUUACGAGAAAUCGA